AUGUUAACGGCUGAUGAAAUCUGUUACUGUGCUACUUGUUCAACUCAACAAGAACAAAUUAGAAAGAAUUUAGACAAAAAUUCUGAGGAUAUAAAUAACAUGGUGAAUGAUUUCAAUAAGGGAGUGGAUGAUUAUGUAGAAAAUAAGAAUAAUGAUAGUAAACAAAACUCUACUAACCCCGAAAACCAAGCCCAACUAGAAGAGAAAAAACAGCAAUUAAAAGAAUUACAAGAAAAAGAACAGCAAUUAUUUAAAUCUUUACCAAUAACUACGCAAAUCUCUAACUUAAAAAGAGAAAUAAAACAAUUAGAAAGUAAAUCCACUCGAACUAAGGCCGAAGAAACUCUUUUAACUGAAAAAAAGAAAGCAUUAGCCGA